AUGCCACCGAAAACACAGCCUCCACCAGAUCCAUUUGCGCCAUCGAGCGCCCAUAUUGCACUAGCAAUCGCGCUUAUUAGGGCGAAGCCACCCGGCACCUCUGCCAGAGAUUACAUCCUACAGCUACGAGAACAAGUACGACCUGUUUCACCCGCGUCCGAACACCAUGAGCACGGUGAACACCUCGAUCUCGUUUCGUACUGGAAGGAGCAGUGCCGGAGACUGCAAGACGAAUGCGACGACCUGCGGAGCGAGAACAGCAGACUCGAGCGCUCAAAUCACAUGUUGACAAACCGCACAAGCUGCGCGUCGGAUCUCGCUCACACCAAUGCUAUGAAUACGUCGAAGCGGAAGGCGCGAGCAGCCUCGCCAGUAAGGAAUGUAAAGCGACCCAAGGUGAACCAACAGCUUGAACACUCAGUAGCUGAGACCCAGGAAGUUAUUGACGAUGACAUGGACUUCCUCGAUCGCUUGGGGCAGGAAGGCACUAACCUUACCGAGUCGUUAUUCACCACACACAAGUUAUGCCGUAUGACGAACACAGAUGUCGAUACGCUAUGCUUCACAUUGGUCCGGGCAUCUAAUGCACUGGGCAAGGUCAUACGUCUAGUCGCUCACAGACAUGGACAACUUUCGCGACAAGAUCGGCGAACGUCUGGCCCGGCAUCUCUGGACCAAGACAAGUCCAAUUUCGCGCUUGCAAUGACAAUCUGCGCCCGAGGCUUCAUGUCAGUGCUCGUUGGUCUCACUAAGCUGACCGAGUCUACCGACGAUCCACGACUCUCCAGCCUUGUUGUGUGCGAACUGGCCGAUAUGUUCAAGACGGUGCUUAUCGCGAUCGAGUCUGUCGCACGCCAAACUGCUCAACAACCGCCACUACAAGUAUUCGAGCCGAAGAAAUCGAAGGAAAAGGCACCCGCCAAAGUGGUCAAGGAAUCUGUGCCCGCUCGCGCCCUGGCGCAUCUGCUCAUCGGUCUUCUCGGGUUUCUUGAAAAGACAAAUCCCGUACAUCAACAGAUAUUCGACGGCUUUGUGUACCUCUUGCUUGAGCGCGUGGGACGGCGAUUGUUCUAUUGUACAUUUGGCAGACAUCGCAGUAGCACAGUGGAAGGCGAUAUCGAACCGAUACCCGAACCCAAGACCCCGGAAGAGGCUCAGAGGCGCGAAGCUGAAGCUCUCGGGACCCACCUCGAAGUCAAGGCUCUCAUUCUCGUGCUUGAGCGCGCUAUGGGGCUUGCGCCAAAUCACAUGAACCCCCAGACGUCCAACGUCAGUCGAAAUCAGAAGAAGCCGGGUCGUACUCUGAGUCUCAAGAACCUACCAGCCGCUUCAAAAGCGCGCUUGAGCCCAGUCGCCAAGGAACGCCUUCAGCGGACGCUCGUUGCCUGCAUGUAUGGCGAGAAGGCUGACGACGAGUUUCUCGAUGUCCUCACAAAACCUAUGCCAUCAAUGCGGCUAGGUUCCUUACAGAAUGUUGCACGGGUUGAAGACAAGGACGUAGAAGAUUGGUACAAGAAGGAGGUGUGGAGACUCGUAGGUUGGGACAUACUCGCUAAGGAAAGCGGGUGGUGACAUGGGGAGAGAGGGAAGCAAGUGAU